UAAUCUAAUAGUUUCCCUAUGUAUUCACCACCCAGUCUGUAGAGACUCUCCGUAUACGCAAUCGUUUUAGCUUUUCUCAGAUUUCCCGGAUGUCGGUUGGACUGGAACUGAACGUUCAAAGAAACCAAAGUCCAGGGUUCGAGUUACAGUCCCACCAUCCGCCCAGGCUCAAAACAGAGCCGGUGGGAGCUGACCAUGGAGGACCCGGCAUUCCUCUGAGAAAACCUUCAUACACCUAAUUAGUUUUUUCUUUUUGUAAACUCAUCUGAUGUUUACAAUGAUGGGCAGUCGGAGAAACGGCUUAACGAAGGAAAGCUUUAUUCUGUCUGUGGACGUCGGUACAACGUCAAUCAGAUGUCACGUGUAUGACAAGGAAGCGAGGAUCCGAGGAUCAUGCACCAGCAAGGUUGUCCCGUUGUAUCCAGAGGUGGGACACGUGGAGAUGGACCCAGAUGCAUUGUGGGAAGGGUUUAUCACUGUGGUGAAAGGAGCAGUGCAAGAUGCAGGAGUCCAGAUGUGCCAGAUGGAGGCUCUCGGCAUCUCCACUCAGAGAGCAACCUUCACCACCUGGGACAGGAGGACUGGGGUUCCUUUUCACAACUUCAUCAGCUGGCAGGACCAAAGAGCUGCAGACCUGGUGAAGUCUUGGAACAGAUCCUGCAUCAUGAAGAUAAUCCACGGUGCAAUGAAGGUGGCCUACUUCCUGACGCGGGACAAGCGGUCGCUCGCGGCGAGCCUCAUCGUCUUCUCCACUCAGCACGUCACCUUUCGCCUCGUGUGGGUGUUGGCCCACUACAAGCAGGUCCAUCAGGCGAUCGAAGACGGCAACUGCUGCUUUGGAACAAUAGACACUUGGCUCCUGUUCAAACUCACCAAAGGUCGCGUCCACGCCACAGACUACUCCAACGCCAGUUCAACUGGGAUUUUUGACUCCUACCAGAUGUGCUGGAGUCAGUUUCUCUGCUCUCUUGUCUCUCUGCCCCUCUCAAUAUUCCCCCAAGUAGAAAAUACAGGCCAUAAGUUCGGCUCCACAGAUCCGUCCGUCCUCGGAGUGUCCAUUCCCAUCAUGUCAGUGAUGGCGGACCAGCAGGCGGCCAUGUUUGGAGAGUGCUGCUUUGAUGUGGGCGACGUGAAAAUCACAAUGGGAACCGGCACCUUCAUGGACAUCAACACUGGGAGCAAACCACACACGUCUGUGGCAGGUCUGUAUCCGCUGGUGGGGUGGAAGAUCGGCUCAGACGUCGUUUACCUGGCAGAGGGCAACGCAGCAGACACGGGCACUGCCAUCAAAUGGGCCCAAGCACUUGAGCUCUUCUCGAACGUCGGAGAGAUCAGCGACAUGGCUUACAGUGUCAGCGACUCGGAUGGAGUGUGCUUCGUCCCUUCCUUCAGUGGCCUGCAGGCUCCUCUGAAUGACCCCAGAGCGUGUGCUUCCCUGAUGGGCCUCAAACCUUCCACGACUAAAAGCCAUUUGGUCCGAGCCAUUCUGGAGUCGGUCGCCUUCAGGAACAAGCAGCUGUAUGAGACGAUGCUCAGAGAGACCCGCAUCCCCAUCACCAAGAUUAGGGUAGACGGAGGCGUUUCCUCCAACGACUUUGUCCUGCAGCUGACUGCAGACCUGUUUGGCAGAAAGGUGAUCCGGCCCCAACACCGGGAGAUGUCCUCUCUGGGGGCCGCUUUUGUUGCCGGACUCGGAGUGGGUUUCUGGAUGACCCGUGAAGAGCUGAAGAAGCUGCAGAGCGCUGAUAAGGUGUUCCUGCCUAAAGGUGCUGCCGGCCCCGGUCAGGAAUACAACCCCGUCCUCCAGAGCUGGGAGAGAGCCCUGAGGCGCUCCAUGAACUGGUACAAGCCCUGACUGUGGGACGCACCAAAAGGAAGGAUCUGGACCAGAACCAAUGGAAACCACACAUCAGCUGCUGAGUACACGUGAAACGCAGAGCUAACCGCCGUCAGCUGUGCCUUCAAAUGAAUAUAACUUUAUCUGUGUGAAUCAUGGUCCGCGUAAUUUAAAGACACGGUACUUAAAGCUGCAGCAGGCGGAGACCUGGUGGAAGGUGUACAAUGGACCAAAAGUUACUUGAAAAUGAAAAUCUACUGAGCUUUCCAGGGAAGUCAGAACUGAUCUGAGGCCCCGUUCAGACCAGGCACUAAUAACCAAACUGGGGGAUCAGAUCAUGAAGCUAAGCAUGAACAACCUCAGCUACUAGCUUAACUCUGCUAGUACAGACCAGAAACUAUUGACUUUUCAUUUAGAGCUUUGACUUGCUGAAAGCAACCAUAGCAAAUUCCAGUUUUUGGGAACUAAAAAAAAAAGAAGAAGCUAACCGAAUAGUGCGAAAUUUUCUCUCAUCUUUUUCUCUCAUCUAUAUAAUAGAUAUUGAUUAUAUCAACACUAUGUGGGAGGGACGCUGUAAAACAGGGUUUUAGUCAUUUAAAGCAAAGACAUUAUUGAAGUCAAUGUUUUAAACCAUCAUUAGCAUCUAAAAUUAGCAGUUAGCACAGUUAGCUUCCUGAGCCUCUAUAUGUUCCUCAUAGAGAUCGCAGUGCAGGGUUUUCCCCAGCAUAUUAUAGGCCUGGCGACCCGCCGUGCUUUACAAGCCCCAUCUCCAGGCUAAGCCUUUCUUGUUAAUGUUUUUAGGAAAGUAAUAAUAAAUAAGAAAAUCGCUCCUUUUUUUUAAAGCCGUAUUGUAAACGUCUCUGUUGCUCUGAGCGUUUCACUGGCAGAGCAGAUUUAUUCCUAAAAGAUAUGUUUAUAGAAGAUAGGUUUAUAGUUCAUGCAUUUAAAGCCGGACCAAUCACACCUCUGGCGCCUCUGCACGUUGCCUCGCACGCUGCAGCAGCUGGAUGUCUUAAGUUUACCUCCUGUGUUAGAUUUGGUGAAAUCUGGGAGAAGAGAAUAGUUUAGUUGGCCAACCUAAAAAGCAAUACGUUGUCAUUGUAGUUUACUAGUUUGUAUUUGUGGGCAAACAGAGCUCAAACUCAAAGAUUAAACUCACAGCAUCAGAUUGUUGCUAUGGUUAACAAAACAAUUUAACUUUGAAUAUUGUUCUUUGAACGUUUUCCAAACUUGCCAGCUCCUUAAAAUCUUACAUAUAAAUGUCUAACAGAUUAAAAUCUUUUAAUUUAUGUAUGCUGAAACCAUUAAAUCAAAUUGAGCAGCAUUGAUCAUCUCAAUAAACAAUUAUUACAUUUAUGCAUCUGUGGUCUGCGCUAAAAUAUUAGCAUUUAUUGGCCACUGAAGCUCUGGGGGGCCUUAUGGAGCUGCUGACUUAAUUUGGAUUAAACAAAAGUGCAAAUAAUUGA